AUGUCUGAACAGCCACUGCUCCAGAGCGCUCCCGGUAAGCGUAUCGCUCUUCCCACCCGUGUCGAACCUAAGGUCUUUUUCGCAAAUGAACGUACUUUCCUGUCCUGGCUCAACUUCACAGUCAUCCUCGGUGGAUUGGCAGUGGGGCUGCUCAACUUUGGCGACUCGGUUGGUCGCAUUUCCGCAGGCGCUUUCACGCUUGUAGCUAUGGGGGCUAUGCUGUACGCAUUAUUCACCUUCCAUUGGCGUGCCAAGAGCAUCCGGCAACGAGGGCAGGGAGGCUUUGACGAUAGGAUAGGCCCCACCGUUCUCGCCAUGGCGCUGUUGUGCGCUGUUGUGAUCAAUUUCGUACUUAGAGUCGUCGAAAAAUAA